AUGGACACUGAUAGAGUCAGGUUAUGCUUCUACCGCCUGCUGCAGCUGUUCUCCACGUGUGCGGCUUUCUCGCUGGUGGCCAGCUUGGGCACCGGAAUGGGGGCUGUUAGUCACUGGUCCAUGUUCAUCUGGUGCUUCUGCUUUGUCAUCACCCUCAUCACCUUCAUAGUCCAAUUAGGCGAGUACCAGCCCAGUCUCCCCUUUUCUGGGAAGAGCUUUCUCUUCACCUAUGCCUGCCUCGCCACUGCUUUCUGCCUCUCAGCCUCCAUCAUGUACGCCAUCACUUACAUCCAGUUCUUGCCUCACAGCCCCUUCCGGGACCAGGCCACUGCCGCCACUGCAUUCUCCUGCAUCGCAUGUGUGCUUUAUGCCUUGGAAGGGGCCUUUCUCUGGCUACUAUUCCCUGAGACCACUUUCUAUUUUGCUACCAUUCAUGGCCUAUUCAAGCUGCUAGAGACAUCGGUGGCCUGCAUCAUCUUCGCCUUCAUCAGUAACACCUACCUGCACCAGCACCAGCCAGCCCUGGCAUGGUGUGUGGCCGUGUACUCCAUCUGCUUCACGCUGGGGGCCAUGGCCAUGCUGCUGAAGCUGGUCAAAUUCGAGAGCAGACUACACACCUUCUUCCCUCGUUUUCUGUUGGGGCAGACCAUGCUCUCUGUCCUCCUUUAUGCCAGUGCCCUGGUCCUCUGGCCACUCUACCAGUUCAAUGAGGAGUUCGGCGGGCAGCCCCAGCGGUCCAGUGAUGUGAGCUGCAGUGAUGAGCUUCCCUCCACACUAUGCAUCUGGGACCAAAAACUGACUGUGGCCAUCUUGACAGCCAUCAACCUGCUGGUUUAUGUGGGUGACCUGGCAUACUGGAUCCACUUCAUUUUUAUCAGGUACUGA